AUGUUACCACACGCAGUUACCAAUAUUUAUGUUUUGAACCCAUUAGAUGCAAUUUGCGAUGUCAAACGUAAUGACGCUGUGUGUGUCAGUAAUUUAAAAUCAGCUAAGCCUGUCGACAAGGCGGUUUUACAAGAGCGACCUGACGUCAAAAUAUUCCUUCCGUUUAGAUUCCAUUUCUACAAACCUAAGGAUCUCUUCAAAGAAAAUACGUACAAAAACUUUUUAGUGGCUCCAGGUGGUGAUCACGUCCUGAGUUUAGUUGAUGAGAUCUCAUACACAGCUCCUCCAGCUCCCCCACUAUCUCAAAUGCAUGAACUGCCUCCAGAACUAUUCUGUAACGGCGAUAACCGACCUGCUGAUUGUUCAGUCGACUGCAGAUGUACGCACAUGAUUGAUGUGCCCCUAAACUCUAUUGUUGAAAUAGUUCUUGUGGAUGAAGUACAAUCUCCGAAUCUUUCUCAUCCAUUCCAUCUACACGGAGUAUCGUAUAACGUCAUCGGUAUGGGAAGAUCGCCAGAUAAGAAUAUCAAGAAGAUAAACUUGAAGCACGCGCUAGAUCUUGACAGAAAGGGUCUUUUGCAUAGGCAAUAUAAUUUACCGCCCUUCAAAGAUACACUCGCCGUGCCCAAUAAUGGAUACGUUGUAUUAAGACUGAAAGCUGAUAAUCCAGGAUAUUGGCUGUUCCACUGUCAUUUCAUCUACCACAUAGUGAUCGGAAUGAACUUAAUAUUACACAUAGGUACGCAAAGGGAUCUACCGCCCGUUCCGCCGAACUUUCCAAGAUCUAGUAAACAUAACUAUAUAGGGGAUGGGAGACUAGUGGGUGGCCAUGAAGCCAAGCCGUAUAGCCAUCCUUACAUAGUGACUCUUCAGCUUAGGUUCCUAUGGAUAAGGGCACAUUUUUGUGGUGGCAGUAUAUUGAACGAAAAUUGGAUUCUAACAGCCGCGCACUGCGUGAAGGAAUCGUUUCUAGUUAGGUGGCUACCGGUGGACGCCAUUGCGGGAGCGCACGAUGUCAAUAAUUUCGGACCAGAGGCCCAAAUAAAUACUAUAAGCCAACGUUUUCCGCAUCCUUUAUAUCCAGGAGGCAUCGGUCCAUAUGACAUUGCAGUGUUACAAACCAGUACUCCCUUCACAUUCACAAAUGAAAUUCAACCAAUAAACCUACCAUACAAUUAUAAAAUCAGCAACGAUUCGAUGAUGUUAGCAGGAUGGGGUGUUUUAAGAACGACUUUCUUGAUACCAGAUCUUCCGAGUAGAUUACAAGAAGUCAAAGUUACUUACAUUCCGUAUCAAGAAUGCUAUGCAGCCAUUGAUAAAAUCAAAGAUGAUAAUGAGGUAAAUCCCUUAAACGAAGAGGCAAACAUUUGUACCGGACCAAUCACAGGCGGAAUCGCAGCGUGCAGUGGUGACUCAGGCGGACCUUUGAUACAAUACGCAACUAGAAAUAAAUUACACCGCGUUGACCAAACAACUGAUGAGCUUUUUUAUGAUAAUUACGAUGAAGAAAAUUAUAUAGAUAAUAGUAACCAGAAUAAUAUUCUUGAGCAGGAAAUGAUUAGGUCUAAUGAUACGGAAAAAGUACCAGUAGUUGUUGGUAUUGUAUCAUGGGGUAUGUCGCCCUGCGGAGAUAAAGGAGCUCCAUCUGUGUAUACGAAGGUGUCAGAAUAUUUAGAUUUUAUUAAAGAAUACACUCAGCCAUGAAUAAAUACAAAAAUAAUCAAAAUUUAA